ACUUAAGAGAUGUGUUCGCGAAAUUUCCGGUGUCCAGCUGGAGCGCUCAAGGGGUAGGACCAGACGGCGUAGUGGUAUCUAGUGCGCGAACGCCAAGGGGUUCUCCGUUGACGUUCCGGGGCGCCAAUCCACUGCCUCCCGCCUCUGAACACUCCUUCACCCCGUCUAGAGCAGGCAGAGAAGCGGAUCGGUUGAGCGACAACAGACUCCCCUUCCCAACGUAUGGCUCGCACGGGCACUCGCCACCUUUGACGAGAAUGUCUUCUGCGCGGGAACCAGAGCCUACGUCUCCUGUGACGGAGCUACCACCGGCUUUGCAGGACCCUGCAGAUGGGAGAGUACCCACUUCAUCUGGGCAGGACUGGCAGACAGACCCACGUAACACGUCUAGGCGCCGUCUGAGUCUGAGUGCACAAAUAAGUACCUACUUUCGGGUAUCCCCUGCAAACGCUCGUCAUCGAGCCUCUACCACUACUGGCACAUCCGUACAGAGGACUUACAGCUUAAACGAAAUAUAUCACACUUUGCCGCCCCCAGAGCUACGUUUUUUCGAUAUUCUAGACAAAGAGUUGGAUAAAGUCGAAAAAUUCUACCUUGAAAAGUUAGAGGAACUCGUCAUAUUCUCGUCCUUGCUGAAUGAGCAACUGCGCGAACUCGAGGCUCAUCGUAAAGUUUAUCACGAGGGUAGGACACGGGCCGAGGGACCCUCGGACGAGUUUUCUAGUACCCAAGAGCAAAUCAGCGGAGCUCCACCCCCUCGUGAUCCUGAUCUGUAUCAUCAGAAUAAGAAGAAACUCAAGAAAGCCACUCGCGAACAUUACCGUGGAAUCGAACUAUUGAAUGAUUAUCGGAUUCUCAAUUUAACUGGGUUCCGGAAAGCGUUGAAGAAGUUCCAGAAAGUGACCCGUAUUCCCGCACAGCAGCCCUACAUGACUGAGAAAAGCCGAAGAUGCUUGAAAUGAUCUCCAACAUCGAAUCUUUAUAUGCUUUGCAUUUUACUGAUGGUGAUAAGAAAGUUGCACGAGAGAGACUUCGAGACACGAUGCAGGGAAACCCCCAACACACUCGAUCUUUCCGGUCCGGAUUAUACACCGGACUAGGCAUUGCUGCGCUUUCUCGCGUGAUA